AAAAACCCUACAUUUUCGCUUAUCAUUUUUAAAAUAAUAAAAAUGAAUCAUAAACUACCCCUUUGAAAGAUUUCAUAAAUCUCCCAACAGCAAAACAUAAUCUGCUCCCUUUUUCCUCCAAAUAUUUUGAUGAUAAGGUGAGAGAAAUAACAAGAUCAAAAUAAUGUUCCCUUUCCAACAAAGUUGUGAGCUGUCUUUCAAGAUUAGGGAUGAGGGGGACCAAAAUAAUGAAAUAACCAACUUGGAAGAUCAGAUCAUGUUAGAAAAUAAUUCACUUCUUGGGUUCAAUAAUAAUAUUAAUAAUGUUAGUAUUAAUCCAGAAAGAGGACGAGGACGAGGUCAAGGGCGAGGGCGAAGAUCUUCUUCAUCAUUAGCUGGUAGUAGUAGUACUAAUAAUACUAUUGCUAAUAAUGAUGAAGUUGAAAAGAGGAUUCUGCAUAGAGAAUAUGAACGUCUAAGGAGACAAGAAAUGGCUAAUCUUUUUAAUUCUCUUCGUCAAACCCUUCCUGUUGAAUUGAUUCAGGGGAAAAGAUCAAUAAGUGAUGAUGUAGGAGAAGCUAUAAAUUACAUCCAGGACUUGAAGAAAAAAGUGAAGGAGCUUAAAGAGAAGAGAGAUCAGCUAAGACAAUCAGUAGAAUCGCCAUCAUCAUCUGGUAAUGAUGCUGGAUUAAGAGAUCAAAGCUGUGUGGUGAUUAGACAAUCUCUAGUUGGUUUAGAGAUAGAGAUUAGCGUUGGAUUUGAACAUAAAGAAUUCUUACUUUCAACUGCACUACAAUUAGUUAUCGAUGAAGACCUUGAAGUUGUGACUUGCACUUCAACCAAAUUUAAUGAGAAGUUAGUUCACAUUUUACAAUGUCAGCAAGAUGCUGGAAAAAUGAAGGGUUAGCAUAAUUAUCCCACUGUUUGAGAACAAGGGUGAUCCACAAGAAUGCGGAAACUAUAGGGGUAUCAAACUUCUAAGCCAUACAAUGAAACUGUGGGAAAGAGUGAUUGAGAAAAGACUUAGACGAGAGACGGUGAUUAGAAAGAAUCAGUUGGGAUUCAUGCCGGGAAGAUCAACCAUGAGCAGACUGAUAGAAAAGUAUAAGGAGCGAAAGAAGGUUAUGCAUCUAGUGUUCAUUGACCUGGAGAAAGAGUAUGAUAGUAUACCACGAAGCAUCAUUUGGGAUAGUCUCAAGAAUAGUGGUAUUUCACAAAGGUACAUUGAGGUAAUACAAGACAUGUAUGACAGAGUUUCGACUAACAUUCAAACACCGGUGGGUAUUACAGAGUCUUUCUCAUGCAAGUGGGCUACAUCAGGAAUCAGUUCUAAAUCUUCUCAUUUUUACGAUCAUUAUGACGGAAAUCUCUAAAUCCAUCUGAGAGACCAUACCAUAGUGUAUGCUUCUCACUGACGACAUUGUUUUGGUCACAGAAACUAAGAAGGAGGCUAACAAAAAAUUGGAAGAGUGGAAGCAAGCCUUGGAGGGUAAGGAGUUACAUAUAAGUCGCACAAAGACAGAAUACUUGUGAUGCGACUUCAAAUGGGACAGAAUCGAUAGGGGAGCCAGAGGUGACCAUAGGGGGAGAAGUUGUUGCAUGUACGUCCAAGUUCAAAUACUUUGGAUUAGUGAUCUAGAGCAGCGGGGAGAUUGAUGGAGACGUUUCUAAUCCUAUACCAGUGGAAUGGCUUAAGUGGCGAGCAGCAAUCGGGGUGCUUUGUGAUAAAAAAUUCCCUAGAAACGCGUUGCAAUUAGGCCGACUUUGUUGUACGGGACAGAAUGUUGGCCCGUAAAGAAGGUUUUUGAACAGAGGAUGAAAGUAAUAGAAACGCGUAUGCUGAGGUGGAUGUGUGGUAAAACUAUGAUGGAUAGGAUAAGAAAUCAAGAUUUUAUGGAGAAGUUAGGGGUUACACCUCUCUCUGUUAAGAUGCGAGAGAACAGGUUGAGAUGGUUUGGGCAUGUACAAAGAAAGACCCAUGAUGCCCCAGUAAGAAGUAUCGAAUGCAUCAUAGUGGAAGGCAAGAGAAGCCGAGGAAGACCAAGGAGAAUGUGGGAAGAACAAAUUAAAAGUGACCUGCACAAACUCCCCCUCUUUAAGGACCUGACCAGGGAUAGAGCCUAUCGGCGGCGCCUUAUCCACGUCUUAGAUUACUAGACAUGUCCAUCUUAACCACCGUUUGAUUAUGUUCUUUGCCUAUACUUAUCGUUCUUUACCGCCUCUCUUACCAUUAUUGUUUUUUAGUUAUUUAUACGUACUCUAUUUGUUGUGUAUAUUUAGUUAGUUGAUAAAUAUUCAUGGUUAACGUGAGUGUAAGUUGUAGGUUUUCGGAUAGUUGCAGGUUCAUUCUCUUUGAAGACCCUUCUUGAGUCGAGGGACUCUUUGACCGCACUCUCCUAUUGGGUAUGAGCUGUCGUCUAUCUUCCCUCCCCAGACCUUGACUAUAAUUGUCUAUGAGUGAGAUACACUGGAUAUGCUGAUGAUGAUGAUUAGGUUUGGCAUAGGGAAAGUACUAAAGUUAUACUUCUUAUAUAUCAUUGAAUUUGCUAGAUUGUACUCAAAAGUCUAUGCAUUAAUAUAGAAACUUCAAAUAAAUAUUCAUAUAUUUGAAAACGUAAAAUUAUAUAAUAUAACAUCUUUCAUAUGGUGAUUUUUGUAAAUUCUUUGCUUUUUCUUUAUAUAUAGUAUAUAACAUUUCCUUUUGCUAUUAACUAUAAGUUAUAGCUAUAUAGUUAAGCCCUUAGAAUAUUAUAUUAUAAAUUCUACCAGGCAAUGCCGCAACUGAAUACAAGUCACGUAACCGACCGUCUAAAGCCCUCAGAAAUAAAGAGUCAAAUUAUUAAAUAGUGCUAUGAGCAAUUUUUUAACUGAUUUAUUUAUAAACUAUUAUUAUCAUUGAAGUAAUUUUAGAAUAUAAUGUUACUACACAUUUUGUCUUGAAUUAUUUUUCUUGAACUGAAAACUUUUUUUUAUCUUUUGAUAUAACGAAUGGCCAUAUUUUAAAAGACAUUGCAAAAAUAAAUAGUCUCCAAAAUCUUUGUUCUAUCCCUACUACUAGGACUAUCCCUACCACUAGGACUACAAGCAUCACUAGAAGUUUUUGGUUGUCGCCUCAUAAUAUGCCAUAUUCUUUAAUAGAGCUGCAACCAACAACAUAAUCUUUGAAUUGUAGCCUAUGAUAAUUAAUAUGUUAUAAACAAGUGGAGAGCUUUUACAAAGUUUUGGAAAAAAGUUUAUACUUAUUUUUUAUUAUUAACAAUGAAAUGCCAUCUUCUUAUGAUUUAAACUAUACUUACAUU